UUCAUCAUUCUGCUGCUGCAUCGAUCUCCUUGCAGAGACCUACCUAGCUUUCAUUGCUACAUAUAGCAGGCCACUCGUGCUUGCGUUGAGAAGUGAGAACCACAUCAACCAAGCGAGAUGGAUGCGAAGAAGCCUUACGUGAUCGUCAUCGUCGUGCAGCUCAUCUACACCGGCAUGUUCGUCGUCUCCAAGGCGGCCUUCGACCACGGCAUGAACACCUACGUCUUCAUCUUCUACCGCCAGGCCGCCGCAUCGCUCCUCCUCCUGCCUAUCGCGCUUCUUCUCGAAAGGAAGAAUGUGCGUUCCCUGUCGCCUAUGUUGCUCUUGAAGCUCUUCUUUUUAGCCUUAAUCGGGAUCACGUUUAGCCUAAAUUUGUACAACGUGAGUCUGAAGUUCACAUCCGCCACCGUGGCGUCUGCGACCACCAACGCCAUGCCUGUCGUCACCUUCUGCUUCGCGCUGCUGCUAAAGAUGGAAUCGGUGAAGCUGAGGAGCUCCUCGGGCAUAGCCAAGCUCGCCGGCGUGUCGCUCUGCCUCGCCGGAGUCUUCGCCAUCGCCUUCUACGCCGGCCCAGCGCUGAGCCCUGUCAACCAUCACCGCGCCUUCGCCGCCUCCCACGCCCCGGCCUCGACUAGUAGCGCUCCAAGCAGGAUGACAUGGAUCAAGGGGACGUUCCUCAUAGUCCUCGCCAACAUGGCGUGGUCCCUCUGGAUCGUCCUGCAAGGCAGGCUGCUCAAGGAGUACUCCAACAAGAUGCUCGUCACGGUGACACAGUGCGCGUUCAGCGCUGGGCAGUCGUUCGUCGUCGCGGUGGCGGCGGAGAGGGAUUUCUCCAAGUGGAGUCUCCGACUAGACAUCAGCUUGCUCGCCGUCCUCUACACCGGGUUCGUGGUGACGGGAGUGACGUACUAUCUGCAAGCAUGGUGCGUGGAGCUGAAAGGCCCCGUCUUCUUCGCCGUCUGGACCCCGCUCUGCUUCGUCUUCACAGUAUUCUGCUCCUCAUUCUUCCUAGGAGAGAUUGUCCACCUCGGCAGUAUUGUGGGGGGAAUCCUGCUGGUUGGUGGCCUUUACAGCGUGCUCUGGGGUAAGAGCAAGGAAGCAAAAAUUGCACCUUGUGGCAUGGUGAAUGCAAUGGAUGAUGAGAAUGGUCAUCAUAAACCUCAAGAGAAGGAACCGACAACAGCAUCAAUAGUUGAACAAGUGUGAUGUAAUGAUGAUCACACAGUUUCCAUCUUAGCAUAACCCUUACUUAGCUAUAUAUUCAUCAACAUAAAUAUACAAAUAGGAGAAAGAAGCACAGGAAGUUACCACAUUCGUAGAAAGUUUCACGCUAUAUAGAAGAAAAAAAAAUUAAUAGAGAUUCACGCUAUACCCAAAAAUGAAAUAGAAAAUUUCCCAACCAUUAAAAUUUUCUACUGAUCAGAUCCAAAAAUGUAGGUAACAAGCCUUUCUCUCCUAGAUCGUCAUUGCUAUUUCCAGGCUCAAGACGAUCGAGGCGCACCAUCGCUAGUAGGCAAAGCCAGGUGUUCCUUGCACUGCCUGUAGCAAAAUGUCUUUUUAUUGAUUUAUAUUUAUGUGAUUUGAAGCGUUAUUAGUACUAUGUUUCUUUGGAAUGCUUUUAGCAGCCAAGUUGUAAAAUCUUGCAGCAUGAUAUUAAGAACAUGUUGCCUCUAGUCUAUCUAAAUGUGUUACUGUUACAUUUCAGUGUUACAAAGAUAUUCCCUAUUGUUUUUGUAGUUUGUUAUCCUAUCACAAGAGAGUUAAAAAGUUAUGGCACAAGUCAGCUGUGGUGCCGAGUG